AUGGUUUUAGUUAAAGAUUUAUUACACCCAUCCCCUGCUACCGAAAGACAAAGUCACAAAUUGAAGACUUUGGUCCAAGAACCAAGAUCAUACUUCAUGGACGUUAAGUGUCAAGGAUGUUUAAACAUCACCACUGUUUUCUCUCACGCCCAAACAGCUGUCAGUUGUGACAAUUGCUCUACUGUUUUAUGUGCCCCAACUGGUGGUAAGGCUAAAUUGACCGAAGGAUGCUCAUUCAGAAAGAAGUAA